AUGUCCAGGGUCACAGUGAGACUCUGACAAGAAUAAGCAGCACCGGAUGGUCUUGGAUCCAACAGGAAUGCUGUCAAGUAUUUGAAGCAGGACUGUGAAGCCCUGAAGCAGCAGUCCCUGAAGACUGGCACACUGUUGAAGGAUGAAGAGUUCCCAGCCUGUCCUUCUGCUCUAGGCUACCAGGACCUGGGACCAUAUUCCUUCAAAACUCGGGGGAUAAUCUGGAAGUGCCCCACAGAGUUGUGUGCCAACCCGCAGUUUAUAAUUGGAGGAGCUACCCAAACAGAUGUCUGCCAAGGAGAGCUGUGGGGAAGUGAUAACAGGCGAAGGGCUAGGAGGAUAGUAGCAUGGAGCUAUUUUGGGCACACCAGCCUUCAUCAUCUUUUCCUUUCUUCUUUCCCUCUGUUCUGGCAGUGUGGGGAGUGGGUGGAUGUAGUGGUGGAUGAUAGGCUGCCCACUAAGAACAGAAAGCUGCUCUUCGUGCACUCAGAGGAGGGCAACAAGUUCUGGAGCAUGCUGCUGGAGAAGGCCUACGCCAAGCUGAAUAGCUCUUUUGAAGCUCUAGCAGGAGGCUCCAUUGUGGAGGGCUUUGAGGAAUUUACUGGAGGCAUCUCUGAGUCCUAUGAGUUGUGAAGGGCUCCUUCAAGCCUCUACCAAAUCAUCCAGAAGGCCCUGGGAGCUGAGUCACUGCUUGCCUACUCCAUUGAUAUAACUGCUACAGCUGAAAUAGAAGCAAUCACAAGUCUGAAGCUGGUAAAUGGACAUGCUUACUCUAUCACUGGAGCAGAGGAGGUAUAUUACCGAGGACAGCCAGAGAAACUAGUGAGGCUUAGGAAUCCCUGGGGUGAAGUAGAAUGGACUGGAUCUUGGAGUGACAAUGGUCCUGAGUGGAAUUAUGUUGAUACCAAAUAAAAACAGGCUCUGGAUAAACAAGUAGAUGAUGGAGAGUUUUGGAUGGCAUUUUCAGAUUUCCAAAGGCAGUUUAGCUGCCUUGAGAUCUGCAAUUUGACUCCUGACAUACUGACAAGCCACAAGGUCAACAAAUGGGACCUGACUCUGUUUAAUGCACAGUGGAGAUGGGGUUCAUCUGCUGGGGGCUGCCAGAACUACCAAGCAACAUACUGGACCAAUCCCCAGUUUAAAAUCCGGUUGGAUGAACCAGAUGAUGACCAUGAAGGGAGUUUGAAUGAGCUGUGCUGUACCAUUCUGAUGGGCUUGAUGCAGAAGAACCACAGGAGACAGAAGAGAAUGGGAGAAGGUCUGGUUAGUAUUGGUUAUUUGCUCUAUCAGGUGGCUGGUUUACCAGAGAGCUGCCAAAGAGCUUCUGACAAAACCAUGUUCUCCACAGCUGGAAGCAGCACAGAUGUGCAUGUAGGCCAUGCUUUCUUUGCAAGACACCAGCCAGCAGUCCGGACUGACCCCUGUGUGAACCUGCAUGAGGUCUCCAGCCACAUGACGCUGCUACGGGGACAGUACCGUAUUAUGCCCUCCACCUUUGAGCCCUACAAGAAUGGGGAGUUCUGCCUGGGAGUUUUUGCUGAGACUCAGGCUACAUCACAGAUGAUGGGUGAUGAGGUGUCUGCAAAGCCAUAUGAGCCUCAUGUAGAUGAUAUAGAUGAUGAGUUCAAGACUCGAUUCCAAAAGCUCUCUGGAGAGGACUGUGAAGUGACUGCAACUGAAUUAAAGAGGAUUCCAAACUGGGUUUUGGUGAAGAGAAAGGAUGUGAAAAGUGAUAGAUUCAACAUUAACACUUGCAGGGAGAUGAUCAGCCUUUUAGAUACCGAAUGACCCACCACCUUGAGACUUGUAGAAUUCAAGACACUUUGGAUGAAGAUUCAAAAGUAUUUGACAAUGUAUAAGAAAGUGAACAGUGACUACUCUGGUACCAUCAACUCCCACGAGAUACAAAAUGCCCUCAGAAAGGCAGGUUUCAGGCUCAAAGAUGAGGUGCAGCACAGCAUCGUCACCUGCUAUGCCUGCAGGACCAAGCUGACCAUUGACUUCAAUAGCUUUGUGGCCUGCAUGAUCUGCCUGGAGACCCUGUCCAAAGUGUUCUGUCUCCUGGACAAAGACAAGAAUGGAGUCAUCCAGAUCUCUCUGCCUGAAUGGCUGUGCUGCACACUGGUUUGA